AAAUAUAUAUUAUUCUUUACUUAAUUAAUGGCCAACAACAACAACAACAACAACGAUGGUGAUAGAGAUCAUGGAAUCGAAAGUUUCUUCGAGGACCACAGAUUAACUUUCUUCCUAAUAGCAGCCGGAACAAUCUCUCUCUUCAUUACCAUCUACCUUCUAGUCACUAUCUUCUUAUAUAGCCGGGAUCAAGCUCGAGAGCAACCACGCGAGCCGGGGAAUAUUAAUAGCAUCGAGAUGGUGUCUGUGGCCGAACUUAUCCCAGCGCACAAGUAUAAGAAAGGAGACGGUUUGGUAGGAAAUGACAACGACGACAAAGAUGAAGACGUGGUUUGCGCGGUGUGCCUAGCAGAAUUCGAAGAGGGAGAGGAGCUCCGAACUUUGCCAGAGUGUUUUCACUCGUUUCACGCGCCCUGUAUAGAUAUGUGGCUCUUCUCACAUACCACUUGUCCGGUGUGUCGUCGUGAUGCCACACCUUCCCCCUCUCCAAGGAUCGGAUGCCAUGUGUCCAAGAGGUUGAAUACCUAUAACAUGGUAUCAUAGCCUUUUCUGCCAUUAACGACGAACAUGGCUUCAAUCGAUCAUGACAACUCAAAUUAUCAACUUGCACCUCAAGGAACACAAUUUGCAGCCCCGAGAAAUUGAACCAGAAUUCAAGAUGAUGUUGCUCUAGUUCACUUCAAUCAUACUGUCUCGAUCAAACUUAAUGAUCACAAUUUUCUCCUGUGGAAGCAAUAGAUUCUUGCAGCCAUCCGUGGUAAUUGUUUACAGAAGUUAAUUCAAGAUGUUCCACCUCCUCAAUUUCUUAGUAAUGCCAAUUGAGUUGCUCACAAGUUCAAUCCUGAGUUUGUUAAUUGGGAAGUUCAUGAUCAGCUUCUUGUAUCUUGGCUCCUUUCCUCCAUGACAGAGAGUUUACUAACUCGUAUGGUUGGUUGCAACUCAACUCGUCAGAUCUGGAAAGCUCUUGAGCAACAUUUCACUCAAAAGGUUUCUUCCAAGAUUCUCAAGUUCAAAACUAAGCUUCAAAAAUUAAAGAAAGGCACACUAAGUCUCAAUGACUAUCUUCUCAAAGUAAAACAACAUGUGGAUUUACUAGCAUCUGUUGGAGAAGUUCUUUCUGAUCGAGACCACAUUGCUGCAAUCUUUAAAGGCAUGCCUAGUGAGUACGACACUUUCAUCAUCUCUACCAACACUCGCGUUAAAGGUUACACUAUUGGUGAGAUUGAGGGUCUACUUCUUGCAUCUGAAUCUCGAAUAGAGAAGGAGGAUCAAGAAGCUGAACCAAGUAUUAACAUGGCCACUACUGAGCAAGAUCCAUCUCUUGAAGCAUUCUUUGCUCAAGAAAAUCGAAAUUACAGAGCUCGUGCGUACUCUUGAGGUUAGUAUUUCUCUAAUGGAUUCAAUUUCUCUAAUUUUUCAUCUUUUCCUAAUUCCAGAGGAAAUUUUAGAGGAAAUUGCCCUCGAGAAACCACUAAUAACACUCAGGCCACUACCAUGGGAAGAGGAAGAGGUGGUCGAUUCCCAGCAGCUCCCAAUCAAAUCCAAUGUCAGCUAUGCCAAAAACUUAGGCAUGUUGUUAUUGACUGUUUUUAUCAAUUUGAUAAAAACAUCACAAUAUGUUUCUAGUAGUAGAUCAAUCUCAACUACAGGCCAACAUUCCUCAUAUAACUCAAAUUCAGGAUGACAACUGGUAUCCCGAUUCUAGGCUACAAAUCAAUGCACUCCAAAUGGACAAAAUGUCAUAACAACAAUAGAUUAUGAAGGGCCUGAACAACUAUAUAUUGGCAAUGGUACUAGACUACCUAUUUCUCAAAUUGGUAAUGCCUAUCUUAUUCCUAACACAUGUGAUAAAUCCUUAAUCCUAAACAAAUUACUUCAUGUGCCUGAAAUUACAAAGAACCUGCUUAGUGUUUCUAAAUUUACUACAGAUUAUAAUGUUUACUUUGUGUUUUAUCUUGAUGUGUAUUAUGUCAAGGAUCAAGUGAGUAAAGCUGUUCUACUGACUGGGUCAAAGGCCUAUAUACUUUUGACUCUAAUCAACUACAGUUGUCUGCCUCCCCCUUAACUUAUAGUACUUCAAAGCUCCCUCAUCAGCCAUGCACAAAAAUUUAGCUAUUACUUCCCAAAGUCAGAGUCUCAACUCUACUAUUUGCGUCAAGUGUAACAACUCUGUUCAUGAGUUUGAAUUGUAACGUAAUCGCCUUGGUCAUCCCUCUAAGAGGAUUGUUAAGUCUGUUCUUUCAAGUUGUAACAUUUCAAAUUUUGAAUAAAUGCCAAAUUCUAUAUGUAAA